CUCUCUCUCUUUUCUAAAUUUUCUGCAAAAUUUGGGGAUCUACUUCUUCCUCCUCCAUCUCUAGCAGCGCGGAGAGACCAUGAAUCGCCACCACGACCCCAAUCCCUUUGAAGAAGAGGUCGAGGUCAAUCCCUUUUCGAAUGGGAAGUCACGGAUUCCACCAGUGUCAUCUGAACCAAUUGGUUAUGGGCAGAAACAUGAUGCAACAGUUGAUAUACCAUUGGAUACAAUGAAUGAUUCUAAGCAAAAGGCAAAAGAGCUUGCAGCUUGGGAAGCAGAUCUCAAGAAAAGAGAAAAGGAUAUCAAACGGAGAGAAGAUUCUGUUGCAAGAGCUGGUGUCCCCGAUGAUGGAAAAAAUUGGCCUCCUUUCUUUCCAAUUAUUCACCAUGAUAUUGCCAAUGAAAUACCUAUACAUGCUCAGAGGCUACAAUAUAUGGCUUUUGCAAGUUGGUUAGGUAUAGUUCUUUGCCUAGUGUUCAAUGUAAUUGCUGUUAUCAUCUGUUGGGUUAGAGGUGGAGGUUCUAAAAUAUUUUUCCUGGCAAUUAUCUAUGCUCUACUUGGAGUACCACUCUCUUACGUGCUGUGGUACAGGCCUCUCUAUCGGGCAAUGAGGACCGAUAGUGCCUUGAAGUUUGGCUGGUUUUUCCUAUUUUACAUGCUGCACAUUGGGUUUUGUAUUAUCGCGGCUAUAGCUCCUCCAAUUGUCUUCCAAGGAAAAUCUCUGACGGGCAUUCUUGCCGCAAUUGAUGUCUUUUCUGACCAUGUGGUGGUAGGGGUAUUCUACUUAGUUGGGUUUGCCUUGUUUUGCUUAGAGUCGCUUCUAAGCUUUUGGGUACUCCAGAAAAUUUACGUGUAUUUCAGGGGCCACAAGUGAGACAUGGUGUAGUUGUGAACGACUUGGAAUCAGACUUACCCAAGUAGACUUCUUCUGAGGCUUCUUGUUUGCCAUGCCGGUGUUAAGUUCACGCGUUUAUAGAAUUAUUAGUAGCUACAUAUGUAUUAGGAAGUAGCAUCCAACUGUACUCCGAAAGUCUUUCUGUUUUGAAUUAAACUUUGCUCAACAAUUGUUACAUAUUCAAGAUUCAACAAAAAGAAUAUUGAGGAAAUAAUAUACUACUGUCUGAUCAUCAUUGUGAUA